AUUCAUGCAAGUUACAUUGUGAGAACCUACAGCAGUCAGCAGUUUCAAUACAACUUCAUAGAACUCUCCUGGAACUGUUGGAGCCAGCUUUCUCACGCAUCGAGCGUCAGUCCUGCUUACAACAUCGAAGCGAGAGGUACUCACUUUAUCAAAAUUCACUUGUUUAAAUUGUUUUAUUCCAAAUUUUGUGUUUUGUAAAAAUAAAGAUUUCUUUUUAAAAAGAAAUCUUACUGAACGCAUUAUUUAGCUGGCGCAGUCGGUAGGACGAUCGGGAUUAAUGAACAUAAUCUUCAGUUUUUAAACUGUUAACGAUCGUUUGUAAUAUAAGGACCUCGCGUUCGCGACAUCCGAAAAGUGUGGUGAAUUAUCAAGCUGUGAAACACCAACAUUGUGAAGUGCAGUGGAUAUCAAACUUCGAUAUCAUCAUCACCAAAUCUUCUUCAUCGAUCGUGCAUCAUCAACGCUGAAAGGACAUCAGAAGAGAUGAGCAUAGCAUUCGUUUUAGUGUAAGUCUUAAUUUUAAGUUUUAAUAUUGUAAUAUUUUAGUUUGGUUAUUCUCGAAACAUUUAAAUAUUUCAGAAUGCCUAAUCAAUCAGUAGAUACAGCACCCUCUGCUGCUACCCCUGUUUUAAGAAAAGAAUUUCUGGAUAUGAUACCAGAAUUCUCUGGAGAGCCAUUAUUAUUAAACAGAUUUGUAUCGAUUUGCGAUAAAGUAGUUGCUAAGUUUUUUGUACAAUCGAAUCCCGAUGAUUUUCAAAAUGAAUAUCUAUUUUCUACUAUUAUUUCUAGACUCAAAGGUAGAGCUUUAGAACUUGUAACCAGUGGAAACACUUAUGCUUGGCCUGAAGUGAGAAGAGUACUUCUCGACGGCUAUCUUGACAAACGUGAUUGUUUCACGUUGAAUAUUGAAAUGACAGAAUUGAAACAAGAAAGUAGCGAAAGCCCUUUUCAUUUUCACGAGAGAAUUCAAAAGAUUCUCAACUUACAACUUGCAUAUUUCCUUACGAAGAUGGCAGCAAACUCAACUAUUCUAUGCGAAUACGCAAAGCAGCUUGCCCUUAGGGUAUUUUUGAGAGGUCUGAAUGAACCUAUAGGAUCACUGAUGAGAACAAAAAACCCUUCAAGUCUAAGUGAAGCUUUGAGUAUGAUCACAAACGAAAUGCAGUACAAAAACAGAAAUAGUAAUUAUAAUUUCAAUCUCAAUAAGAGACCAAUCUCACAACCAUUCCAACAACUUCCUCUGACUAAACAAAUCCAACACUUUCCUCAUACUAGACCAAUGCAAAACUUUCCCCAAAACAAGACUUAUCCGAACUUCCAAAACCAAUCACAACAAAGACCAAUGAUUACACAUCAAAAUAGCAAUCAACAAUUUCGCAACUUCAGUUCAAUGAACCAACAGAGACCAAUGUUUCAAAGGCAAUUUUUCGGUCAACAACACAGACCACAAAUGCAAUCGCAACCAACUCCAAUGAGUAUUUCAACCAGAAACACUGAACUUGAACCCCCGAAAAAGAACCCCAGAUUCAAUCAACUGACAACCGAAUUCGCUACAAACAAUGACGAAUUACUCAAUACUAACAGAAACGAACUCUUGACUGACAAUUUCUCAAAUGAACCGUUCAAUUACCCCGAAAUGACUGGAAAUCUCAUGAACAAUUUUGAAAACUUGGAAUUGAAUGAUGAUUACAAUAAUCAAAUGACUUCCGACCAAACAGAACAAAAUCAUUUUUUAGGAGAAACGAGCCUCGGAACAAAUUUUCAAUUAUGAACUUGCAAACAAAAGAUAACGAACUCUCUUACUUUCUAGACCCACAAACGAACUUUCGAGUACUGAUUGAUCCCGGAAGUACGCAAUCCUUUAUAAAAAAGGUAAUUGCACAUGAAGGUUUUAAAGAUUCCUUGAAACCAACACCAUUUGAAGUUACUACAGCCCAUGGUAAAUCAAAAGAAAAAUUCAGUGCUAAAAUACCAUUCCUAGGAAGAAAAUUUGAUUUUUUCGUAUUUGAUUUUCAUAAAGAUUUCGAUCUCUUGUUAGGAAUGGAUGCUAUAAAGCAAUUGAGAGUAAGAUUGGAUUACAUUAGUAACAAACUUUACUAUGGAAACAACAAACAAGUACCAAUACUGUAUUACAAUACAACUUUGCAACACAAUGAACCUUCUAAAGUCAAUAAACCUCGUCAACUGUGGACUUACUUGAUUGAAGCACGUAGUCAGAAAACAAUAUCAAUUCCGAUAAAAAACGUGUCAAACGGAGAAUGCUUUCUCAAAUACCAAAAUCUCUCUGGACUAGAAAUUCCACAAUCUAUCCUAAAAGUUGAAAACAAUAAAGCAAUCUGUCUAAUUACAAAUUCAUUUACGGAAGAUAAAAAAUUGACAAUCACACGACCUUUUGAAGUUGAAAAUUUGGAAAACUAUGAACUAGUCCCUCAUUCAAAAUCCACCUCAUCUCCAAACAGUA